UAGUUCUUAUGGCAUAUGUUGGUAACGUUUCCUAAAAAAAGUUUGUAUUUAUUUGUCAAUGUCAAGUUUCAAGUUGGCUUUAAAUUUAUCAAAUUUAAUUACUCCAAUAACUUGAAAUAUUUCGAAUACAUACUACUCGAUAGUUGUUUUGUCGCGAUGCCACUCAGCGGAUCCAUGCCUCUAAUGCUAAAUAACUACACCGUGUCUCGUCUUGGCCGAAAGUUAUCUGUGGAUGACCAGAAAGUACUCGUUGCACUACCAAGAGAUUUUAUCCCUGAACGGACUUGGGCCGAGGUCUUACAGAAAGAGGACACAGAGCUGAUGGUCCUAGAGAUGCGGGAGGAAAUCGUAGAAGAAGCGAUUAACAUCGCCUACGGGAGAUAUAUGGAGCGUCAGACAGCGCCUUUCACCGUUCACUGCGCCGCUCAAGCCUGGCUGCAACUUAUAGACUGGCACUUCUACAAACACGAUCCAGGCGAAGAUCCUUCCGCCUACCCUCCCUGCUUCAUUCCAAAGCGCGUGGAAUCCUGGACUCCCGAUGAGAUGCCUUUGCCCUCACCCAAGGACGCGUGGGGCCGAGAGAACCUGAACGUCAUCGAGGAGGUCGUCGAAGAGACGCUGAGGAAAUGGCCGAGCUCGCAGUCCGUAGACUUGCCCGUUGUGGAACCCAUUCCGCAAGAGUGCUGGUUUCCGGGAAAGGUGAUGCUGCCAGGAUACAUGGACGAUGAAAGUUACGAUUUCGAUUCCAUUACGUUCGACGAGAGCGUGUCUUCAGAUUUGGGGACUGAGAGUGAGCUGCUGCAAAAGGUCACAAACUACACCCCAGGAGAGACUUCCGUCAAGGAGUCGACGACUAUGAUGACAUUCGGCUCCCAAAAGGGCACAACCACAGACACCACGGAGGUAUUAAGCUCUCUCCACGGAGGGGGGGACUCAGCCACACAGCACUCCAAAAUACGAGCCCCCUCCACUAAGAGCAAGAUCUUCAACCGAUCAAGCAUGCUGGGCAGGUCUAAGAACUCUCUGCCUCCUCUUCAGUCGGACUCGCGAUCAAGAGCAUCUGUCAUCUCAGACUGUCGGUUGAGAAGCCUCAGACUGGACACUCAAUACGAGAUAUCUUCAGAGAAGAUCGAUUCGGCGCCGAAAGUAAACAUCAAGAGAAAGUGACAAUUUGUUUAUGGUUAAUGCCUUAUAACUAGCUGUGAUAAUUUACCUGAAAAAAUAAUUGAAUAAAUUGAAAUUAAUCAGAAUUCAUAAAA